AUGCCCAGCUGGGCCGUUUUGAGCAUUGGCGUCAUCAAUGUCAAUCAACGCUGUGGUGUUGUAGAUGUUGACUUUGGUCGUGUCUACUCUGGUCAAAUCAAGCAGGCCGCCCCCUCUGCGGGCACAAACUUGGCCACUUUCAGCUGGAUGUGUGCUUGCGUCUGGUCUGGUCUGUCUGGUCUGGUGCGUGUUUAUUUUUUAUUUUUUAUUUUUCGUCGCCCCUCGCUUCUUGUGCCCGUAUCCUCGCCGCUCGUAUGGUUCACUUCUAGUAUUUUUUUUUUUUCCCCUCCCUGGCAGACCGGACUCUUUUCCUUUCCUCUUCUCGUCACAUAUCAGGCUUUGGCAUCUGGUGAUUCUUGUUUGCUUGGUUUCCCUUUGACGUUGGUCCAAUUGGUAUCUACACUCUUGGUCGGGCCCGUUUCUCCCCCAACAACAACACCUUUUCUUGCCCCCUCGUCACCUUGUCGAGUCAUCGUCAGUCUUGACGCCCAAGACCAGACCCAAAGACCCAAAGGCGUUGCUAUCGUCCCCCAUUGCAUCUCAGCCCAGCCACUUCCAUGUCCACAUGGAAAAGUUGAUGCAUUGCCGUCUCUGUUCUUGAGAUCCUCACUCACGUCAUUGCGUUUCCCGUUUCAAGUUUUCCCCCUCUCUGCGGAUGCUGCUGCCCCAAAUCCCAACAGCCUUCGCGAAGUUUCCUUGUCCAACCCCCAAUCCGAUCCCCAAAUCUCAAGCACCAAUCACGCAGGCUGGCUGCUUACGAACGGCCACCACUGCAAACUGCAGCUGCGACACACCACAACGCACCGCCUCUUGCCAAAGCUGUUCACUCGUUUUUUUAUUUCAUUUCAUUUAUUUCAUUUUAUUUUUGGUGCCCGUCUGUUUUUUAUUCAUUGUCGUUAG